GCAGUGUCGUGGUUUGAAGCUUUCGAACAAGUGCCAUCGUCUCGGUUGGUGCGCCGUUUUGUAACGCUAAUUUGUUUCGGUUUCGUUGUCCAGGUUUUGCGCGACAAGGCUCUCUGUUACGGUGUAAGUGGUUGGUAGUUUUGCGGGAUAAUGAGCGCUGCUGGGACUUCCGGCGGUGAUGACUUUGAUGAUGCGCGAAAGAUGUUGGGCGCAGCGUUGAUAGGACGACGGAAGAGCACAGCGAAGGGCAGAGCACUAACCGAAGAGGAGAUCAAAGGUCCCCGAGCGCCAUAACCGUUUAGUUUGUCCGACCGAAGAAGAAAUCAAACAUCGAAAAGUUCAACUCGAACAAACGAACAUAAUAGAACUGCUACCGGAUAGCGAAAUCGAUUCUCCGUUUCCCAGGAGUGAAAUUCGAAACCUGAGAAAGCGGAUGAUAAAUUGAAUUUUAAUUGAACUACUCUGCUGCUGGCUCGACUUGCUCGUGAAGUGAAGCGAUUACUCGAGCGGUGCUGCUUUUUUUUUUGUAUUUAUGUAUUUUCAUUUUGCGAAGCUAUUCGCCCACACUGGGGCGGUGAUAUCAACUGAACAAAGUUUACGGUGAUGUGACGUUUUCCAAUUCGUCCGUGUUGGUAUUGUUAUUGGAUACGUUUGUUUUUAAAUGUUUUACCAAGGGGGUGGUGGAAACCGGCGGGCGGAGUUGCACUAUCGGAUACGGUGAUAGAGCUCGAACACGGAAUUCAGUGCAGCAGUGGGGAAACAAAGAAAGAAAUUUCAAACCGUCUAUAUCUGGCCGGCGGCGGGAGAAGAAUCCACGCGACGUGAUCUGAUAACAGGUUUUGUUUUCGUUUUACUGUGUUUGGCGGCAGCUUGUUCGUAAUCAGUAUACCAUCCCACUACGCCGAGAUAAGGAGAAGAAACUCCGAAAAUUGCUAGCCGUCCAUCGUCUUCGUCAUCGUCUGCCAGCCAGUUGAAGUGUGGGUAGCGGUAGAUUACGGAGGUAGUUCCCAAGUAGUUCUAGCUAGUUCCGGUUGUGCAAACCAAGUGCAAUGAGUGGUGGUUCACAAGCCGGUGCCCAGCCUCAAGAUGAGGAAGUAGCGUUCCCACCGAUAUCGGGAGCGGUACGUCGGUUGGUUGAUUGCAAUUUCCUCACGGCGAAGGCUGCCCGAGAGGGAACCCCUCCAAAAGCCGUUGGGGACGAUCAGGAUAGUGGCGAUUGUGUGAAAGUGCAUAGCGACCCGGGGGUUGUUGAAUAUGUGACCCCGGAGGAGGGACCGAAACCGAAGCUGAAGAAACGAAUCAUCCGAAGGAUCGUACGUAAGAAGAAGGUGCUACCGAAGAAGGACGAGAAAUUCUAUCUGCGAACGGCGUUCGACCUGCUGGACAGGGAUCAGGACGGCCACGUGACGCCCGAGGAGCUGCAGUUCAUGCUGCGGAAUCUGGGCAUCCACGUGCGUGACGAACUCAUUGACGACCUGUUGCGAGAAGCCAGCCGAACAGGAAGUGGACUGAUAGACGAAACCGAGUUCCUCCAGUGGGUGGCCCGCAUCCAGGCGCUCAAAGAAGAAAGCAAUACCAGCAGCAGUGGAAGCAGUAGUAGCAACAGCACCACCCAGGCGGCCGACGAUGACCUCACACAGGAUCUGGUAGCGGCCUUCAGGGUGUUUGACCGCGACGGCAACGGUUAUAUCACACGGGACGAGCUCAAAUCGGCGAUGGACAUGAUCGGCGAAAAUGUGACAGAGUAUCAGCUGAAUGAGAUGCUGGAACUGGCCGACGCCGACAAAGACGGUCGGAUCAACUAUGAAGAAUUCGCUCGAUUGCUACUGUAAAAUCAUGACAUGUUCACACGGAUGGAAACAGAAGCGAAAGUGGCAGCUUGUUCUGUCGUAUGGUUUCCGGAAUGGAAUGAAACCAGCUCCAGUGCAGGGUUGCGAAAUAUCUUACGAGCAGCAAUCUAGUCAGCAGUCAAUGGCUUCGAAAAAGAAAUGCUAAUGAGAGAAUGGCAGUGAAAUUGGCGAUUGGUUGCAAGAGAAUAAGAAUAUGAGUGCUUUUCAGAGUGUAACAGUUAAGAGUGAUGUGUAAUUUUAAAUUCUCUAUCCAGCUUAAUCCCUCAUAAGAUAUUUCUGCGUUCUAUAUUUACCCAGUAGGUUACUAAUAUCGUUCCAGAAGACGAAGUUAAACUACAAUAUAACAUACAACACACACUACUGUUUCAUGUCAUGUGGCAACUGCACAGUGAAACUGGCCGUGGUACUCACAGCAAGCAUCGCAAGCAAAAAGAAACAAAACUAAGCAGAUGUCUAGAUAUCUAUGUGCAUAUUGUUAUAAUUGAGAGUUACAUCUAUAAAAUGUAUUUAGCCCGUAAGCAAGCCAGUAGACUAGUGAACAAUUCUAAUCAUUUUCUUUCAUCCUUUUGUUUGUUUGAUUGUUGUUGUUGUAUUACACCAAAAAUGAGAAUGAAGGAUAGUAAAAAAACUCAAAUUGGAAAAUACACGGAAAUAGACAUGUUGAAAUAGUAGAAAAUAGUAUUUGAGGAAGGACCUACAAAAAGGAACAGAUGUUUCGACAUUUUAAAAACUAUAUUUACGAAUAUACUCUUGAAUUUGAUGUCAAAUAAGGCAGGAAUCGACACAUGGGUUGAAUUUUUCGUCCAAUAGUUAGUUUUAUGAUUUACAAAUUUGAACUUUGACGAAAAUAAGCAAAAUAAUACAAACGAAAACAAACGUGGGAAAAGCAUAUACGUUUACUGCUACUAAAACAUAACAGAAAAGAAAAUCAAAAUGUAUUGGAACUAAUAUCUAUUUGUAAGACACACAUCCAAACAAACACACCUAACACCAUGAACAUUCUUGCAAAUCAUACAAUAUUUAUAAAGUGGUGACAAGUGCAUAUUCAGCACACAUAAUGCGUUAGAGUGAAAUACGUCAAUUUGAUCUUUGGGCAACAGCGGAAAAGCGAACCGUUGAUGGAAAGUGUAAGGAAAUUUCUCUGCGUUGAGAUGAUGAUACAGUAUAGACGUUCGGUAAUUGCAAAGCUUUUAUUUUGUCCAUCAGUUCAUAUCAAGGAUGAUCUUUGGUAUCUUUGGUAUCUGGCGUAUUGUAGAGCUCCAACUUUGUCGGUUUUGGGGCGAUGUGCCUCCAAUUUUUUCCAGACGCGUCUGGUCUCCUGGACAUCUUCAUUUUUCCCAGUUCGCGAGUAACAUUAGAUAAGCUGAUUACGAAACCAGCAGAAGGCGUUCUUUACGAAGAAAUGCUUUUUUUUAAUUUAAUAAAAAUUGUCAUUAACACACUGCGCAAGUAAGCACUACCUCAACGCCACAAGGUCUGCCUUUGUGUCAAACCGCAGCCACGUGCUUCGUCUUGGAAUAAUUGAUGGCCUCACCACCUUAAUUUUAGAGGAACAAAACUCUUCAUACUGCUUGCGUUCGAUUUCAUUUUGUGAGGUUAAAGUCUAGCGCAAAUCACAUGGUUUGAAAUUAAGCUACCUAUACGAGUCAUCUCGUCUCAUCUCAUCUCAGAUUUUUCCCACUUUCAAAUAUAGUCACAUUGACCAACGUUUAGGAUAACCGAAUGUGUUUAGCUCUCUUGCUGAAUAUUGAUUCAAUCGAAUUGCAUAAACAGAACAGAGUUCGAAACUUGUAUUGGCACAAAUGUCCAUCAAUUCGGACCUCAGGCACCCUAAUAUUGUCAGUGUUAUGCCGAAAUUCAUCGGCUCUUGUUGGUGAGGUAAGCUUCUAGCAAGUCGAUAAGCAAGCGUUAUCAGGGGAAAAAUCAUGCGUAGGAUUAUUAGCAAUUUUGAUUAAAAAAAUUAUGUAUAGUACACUCAACCCUCUUUUUACGUCACUUAUUGGGGGGACGUAAACCGAAUGUGACGUAAAAAGAAUUUUUGCUGAAAUGUCUAGUAUUUCACUCAAUUUAUUCAUCGUGAGGAUACUUUCAAAUACAUUCAUUUGCGUCUUGCAUGAGGUAUUGUAAGAUCUCUCCAAAUCCACGCAUAUGAGAUGUUAUAAGAUCUCCAAAUUGUCCUGAAGUUUGAAUCAAAUGAUCUAACGAAUCAACCAAGGCUUCCAUGAUGUCUCCAGACUCGGUGUUAACCCAAUUUUGUCUUCCGAUUACUUGUCUUUCACUUCCGUCUUCAAUUCUUGCAUGUAUGAAGUUGUUAGAUCUCCAAAUUGUCCUGGAGUUUGAAUCAAAUGGUCUACCGAACCUACUGAGGCUUGCAUAAUGUCCUCAGCCGCGGUAUCAUCCCAAUCAUGCCUUCCGAAUAUUUGUCUUUCACUUGCGUCUCAAGUACAUGGAUAUUAGAUGUUUUAAGAUCUCCAAAUUGUCCUGGAGUUUGAAUCAAAUGGUCUAUCGAAUCAACCAAAGCCUUCAUGAUGUCCUAAGCCGUGCUUUCAACUCAAUUAUGUUCUCUGAGUAUUUGUCUUUCACUUGCGUCUUAAAACAAGACAUAUGCGGUGUUGUAAGAUCUCCAAAAUGUCCUGGAGUUUGAAUCAAAUAGUCUAAUGAAUUAACCAAGGCUUCAAUGGUGCUCCCAGCUGCGGUAUCAACCCAAUUAGGUCCUCCGAUUAUUUGUCUUCACUUACGUCUCAAAUCCAGGCAUAUGAGAUGUUUGAAUAUCUCCAAAUUGUUCUGGAGUUUGAAUCAAAUGGUCUACCCAAUUUUGUCUUUUGAGUAUCUGUCUUUUACUAUCGUCUCAAAUACAGGCAUAUUAGAUAUUGUAAGAUCUCCGAAGUGUCCUGGAGUUUAAAUCAAAUGGUGAAAUGAAUCAACCAAGGCUUCUAUGGUGCCCCAGCCACGGUAUCAUCCUAAUCAUGCCCUCCGAGUAUUUGUCUUUCGCGUCUCAAGUCCAUGUAUAUGAGAUGUUUUAAGAUCUCCAAAUUGUCCUGGAGUUUGAAUCAAAUGGUCUGCAUAAUCAACCAAGGCUUCCACGAGGUCACCGAUGUGUGUGGAUUUGAGACGCAAAUGAUAGAAAAAUACUCGGAGGACAUAAUUGAGUUGAUACCGCAGCUGGGGAUAUAAUGAAAGCCUUGGUUGAUUCGGCAGACGAUUUGAUUCCAACUCCAGGACGAUUUGGAGAUCUUCGAACAACUCAUAUGCCUACAGUUGAGAUGCGAGUGAACGACAAAUACUCGGAGGACAUGAUUGGGAUGAUACCGCGGCCGGGGACAUCAUGGAAGCCUCGGUUGAUUCGGCAGACCAUUUGAUUCAAACUUCAGGACGAUUUGGAGAUCUCACUACAUCUCAUAUGUCUGGAUUUGAGACGCAAGUGAAAGAAAAAUACUCGGAGGACAUAAUUGGGUUAUUACCGCACCUCUGGACAUCAUGGAAUCCUCGGUUGAUUCGACU